AUGUCUUGCAACAUCUCCAUUCCCUUCUUAUAUUUACGCCAGCAGGCGACAUCCCCACAUACGCACACCCACCCACUAACACUCACCCAGAUUCUCCACGUAAUGGCCGCCACCCUAUCCCACGCAAGUCCCGUCCUAGCCGCAGCAUCUGCCUCCGGCUUCCGCGAAAGCGGCCUGCAAAGUCUCCGUUGCCUCGAAGGAGAGGGUUCCGGGCCCAGUCCCAUUGUCGCCGUGCGCUCAGCCGGUCUUCAAUUCGAGUCUGUGAUUGGGUAUUGCGAUGACGAAGAUGAAUCAUCUGCUGGCGAGCCUGUUAUUCGCAGUCUUGUGACGGAGGAGUAUCUGGCCAUGUUGAUUGCUAUGUCGGAUGAGCGGUUUAAGGUUAAUUCUGAGCGCAGGGAGAGAUUUAGAGCUACUUUGCUUGAGGCUUGGAAGGGGAAGGGGAAGUCGAAGUCGGAGGAUUGGGAGGAUCCUGUUGCCCGCAGGGAGAGGAAACGGGCCGAAGGGCUGGCGAGGAAGAAGCUUUUGGAGAGUCGGAAGGCUCAAGAUGCUGGGACUGGGGUUGAGGUUGAGUCUGCUGGUCAGGGUCAGGAUGUUUGA